AUGGGACUCGGAUAUCAAAUUAUAUUGACGCAAAACAAGGAUGGGAUCUUCAGAAGUGGAGAAACGGUGUACGGAGUCUUGAGAUGUGUUAUCAACAAACCGAAGAAGUUCCAAUUUAUAAAUGUUUCCCUAAAAGGCAUAGGCAAGUGCUCCUGGACUGAAUCCUGUGUUCUAAGUAAAAGCAAUCAUUCGACUUUUUAUCACGGCAAAGAGAAAUACGUAUCUCUAUAUAAGACAUUACUACCAAAAAUUGAAAAUUCAAUGUUGGCAGGUGUCCACGAUUUACCGUUUCAGUUUCAACUUCCACCAGAUCUCCCAUCUUCGUUCAAGGACAAAAUAUGUAAAAUAAAAUAUAAAGUGGUUGCUGAAAUAUCUAACGCUGGAUUCUUUGGCUGCACAAAGAAGGUUGAAGCAGAAAUACAAGUUCGUGGUAUCCUUAAACGCUGUUCAACUGAACCUUUGGUAUUUGGAUUAACAAAGAGUCCAUUUACGAUAAAGAAAACUGUGGAUCUAAAGAUAGAGAUUGAAAAAACCUUUUUGGAGCCAGGAGAGAAAAUAAAACUGAAGUGUGUAGUAAGCAAUGCUACAAAUCUGCCUAUAAUUUGUCUCAAAAUAAUGCUUAUCACACAAACAACGUACACAUCAGAUGAUAAACAUAAGCAUGUGCAGCGGCAAGUGAUAGAUCGAAGUGUUGGGGAGUCACGUGAAAUACAAGGGAACUGUAUUACUGAGCUGUAUUGUAGUGUGGCGACUUUAGAAAACUUAUACUCUAUACAACAUUCAAGAAUUUUGAUGAGAGAGUACAAAUUAAAUGUGGCAUUAAAAUUUCCUUUUCCUCAUAGAGAUGGGACUGUAGAAAUUCCCGUGGUUAUAGGAGAAUCAAAUGUUCCGGGUUUAAUGUAUAGCAAUAUCUCUUACAACGUUUAUUGA